AUGAUAGUGGACUUGCCUAAAGACAGAAGUAAUGAUUCUAUCUUGGUCAUUGUAGAUAGCUUCACUAAAUACGUCAUCCUGGUGGAAUGCUCUAAGAAACUAAAGGCACCUGAGCUAGCGGACCUAUUCCUACGUCACAUAUGGAAACGUUUUGGCAUGCUGGAGAAAACAGCACUAUACCAAAGACUAGGAAUAGACCCUCACUUCUCCUUGGCCUACCACCCCCAAAGCAAUGGCCAAACGGAGCAAGUAAACCCCACAGUUGAACACUUCCUAUGGGUGUACUCAGGGGUUAAUCAAAAAGACUGGGUCAAAUGGUUACCAAUGGCAGAGUUUGCCUACAACAACACCGUUCACAGUUCAACGGGCAAAUCCCCAUUUAAGGCACUCUAUGGAUGGGAACCAUCCCUCACCCCUAGUAACGUACCAACCAACGUGCCUGAGGCAGACAACCUGGCAACUCAAAUGGAAGCACAAUGGCAAGAAAUAGAAUCAGCACUCCGGCAAUCAAAAGCACGCAUGACUGCCGGAGAAACAGGAGAACCAAUUAGCUUUGAAAUUGGGGAAGAGGCCUGGCUAGACGCAAAAAAUGUCAAACUGAAAACCUUGAGUUCCAAGCUGACAGAACAACGCCUAGGCCCUUUCAAAAUAACCAAAAAGAUCUCCAACCAUGCUUACCAACUAGAACUCUGCACCUACCCUCCCCACGCUGUUUCCAUUAUUCCAUCCACACGCUCUGGCGUCCCUCAUCCCUACUCCCGCCCUACCAGCCGUUCCAGUCAACAUUCCGUGGCAACCCGUUCCCAACCACCCUCUCGCGGCCCAUCACCCUCUCCGCAACACCUGCCUGGAAUGGAACUGGAGCCAACCCUUGCCUCUCUCCUUGAGGCUAUCCAAACCCUCACCAGCCAAGUUGGGUCCUUGCAGGCCCAAAUCCACACUCAAGGCCAACAGCUCUCUGAGCUCAAAGCCAUAUGCAAGGAAACCAACGACCUUGUUGGAGACAAGGAUCAGGGCGGAGCCCAAGCCAAGCCUGGCCCAUUGACUGGGCCUAUCACUCCCCCCACACAUACAGGGGGAGAAGCACACACUCCAGGAACGGUUAGGCCUGGACUCAAGGCCCCCUUUUGCCCAUCAAGAGGGACGGGCUUUGACUCAGAGGAGGAAGAAGAACCCAGGCGAGCUCCCAAAAAAGAGCCUUGCGACACGCCUAGACGGAGCCUCAGCUCCCUUACCCCCUUUGACGCAGGGUCCAGCGUAAAGCAACCCAAAAUGGAACUCCCAGACCCAUACAAGGGAGAUUCCAGGGGACGGAAGGCAACCCAGUGGCUAGACCGAAUGCUGCUGUGGGUUGCACUUCAUCAAGACCAGUUUGAUGAAGAAGAACAGAUGGUCGUGUGGAUCCUCUACCACAUGACCAACAAGGCUGCCGACUGGGCUCUCCCUAUCAUAGGGACAAUUAUCAAGGGCAAGGGUAACCCCCCAACCACUAUCCCGGCCUUAACGGCCAAAUUCAAGGAAGCCUUCGCCGACCCAGACGCGAAGAGGGCGGCUGCCAGGAAGAUUGCCGCAUUGACUCAGACCACAACCACGUCUGAGUACGUUACCAAAUUCCGCAACCUCAUGGCGGAACUGGACUGGAACACUGAGGCGUACAUUGCCCAGUUUACGCGUGGCCUUCACUGGAAGGUAAAAGAACUUUUGUCCACCAAGGACAAUAUUCCCGACAACAACCUCGAGGCCAUAUUCGCCGCCUCGGUCAAAAUUGACAACACUUGUUGGGAAAACAAGGAAAACCGUCCUAAGAAGCUCCCUGCCAAGUCCCCAGCCACCGUGGCCACUUCCACCACUACCACCACCCAACGGGUCCGCCUCUCUGAGGACCCCAACUACGUUACACCGGAAGAAAGGGACUGCCGCCGCGCAUCUGGCCUCUGUGUCAAGUGCGGUCAGAAGGGACACGGCAUCAAACAAUGCCCCAACGGCUGGAAGGCCACAAUCAAGGAGACCGCCAAGAUAGGGGAAGUUGCGGAGUCAGAAAAAGAGUAA